GGCUCUCGCAGCCCCGACACAGCCGCGAGCGGAGACGCGCAGACCGUCUCCAUCCUCCGCAGCCUCCCUCUCAUCCUGCGCGUGCGGACCGGACGCAACUAACUCGCGGAAGGGCUCCGCCGCGGACACCGCCGGCCCUUUUUCCAUCCGAACCGGGACACCACAGCAUGUGAAUGGCGGCGGCAACCGGCCGCGUUGUCACAGCGGAGCAGGAGGAGCGCGCGGCCCCCGGGGCCGUGCACCGCGCGCACACGCGCAGCCAGAGCCACAUCCAGUUCCAGCCCCUGACACGCGCCGCCCAGUGGCAGGCUCCGCGCGCUCUGGCUCACACCCGGAGUCACAGUCACACUCACUUCGGCGCUCACUCGCACGCGCAGACCCAGAAGCACGGCUGUCGCCUCACACACAGCCUCUCCGCCAUGACGAAGGGAGAGAAGCGCGCGCAGGGCUCCGUGGCUCAGCUGAUCAAGCCCACCGACCCGCUGUUCCCCAAAGACCCCCAGCAGACGGACCUGAGCCCGAAGCUGUCGCUGUGCAGCAAGCUGUGCUUCGCCAUCGGCGGCGCCCCCAAGGAGGUGGCGGCCAGCGCCACCGCGUUCUUCCUGCAGAUCUACCUGCUGGACAUCGCCCAGAUCAGCGCCUUCCAGGCCUCCAUGGUGCUGUUCGUGGGCAAAGCGUGGGGGGCCAUCACGGACCCCCUGGUGGGAUUUUUCAUCACCAAGAGCGGGUGGACGAGGAUCGGCCGCCUCAUGCCCUGGAUGGUGGGCUGCACGCCCUUCCUGGUGGUCUCCUACUUCUACCUCUGGUUCGUGCCGCCCUUCGCCACCGGCAGGUUCGUCUGGUACCUCGGGUUCUACUGCCUCUACCAGACGCUCGUCACCUGUUUCCACGUGCCUUACUCCGCUCUCACCAUGUUCCUGAGCACGGACCAGAAGGAGAGAGACUCAGCCACCGCCUACCGGAUGACGAUGGAGGUGCUGGGGACGCUGGUGGGCGCCGCCAUCCAGGGUCAGAUCGUGGCCAGCGCUCACACGCGGAAGCACUGCCGGCCUCACAACGGGACUGCCGGUUACCUUGGCAACGGCAGCGGGGCCGAGAUCGUCAGGAGCCCCGUGCAUCCCCAGGACUACUUGUCACACGCCACGGAGGUCUACAUGAUAGCAGCAGGCGUGAUCGGAGGGAUCUUCCUCAUCUGCACGCUGGUGAUGUUCCUGGGGGUCAAAGAGAGAGAUGAUCCGUACGCCCCGAGGACCGACAAGCAGGUCUCCUUCUACCAGGGCUUCCUGCUGGUGAUGAGGCACGGCCCGUACCACAGCCUGACCGCCGCCUUCCUCUUCAUCACCGUCGCCAUUCAGCUGGUGCAGAGCAACUUCGUCCUCUUCUGCACGUACGCGGCCGACCUGAAGGAGCACUUCCAGAACAUCGUGCUGACCAUCCUGGUCUCCGCGGUGAUCAGCAUCCCACUCUGGCAGUGGUUUCUGGAGCGGUUUGGGAAGAAGACGGCGGCGUUUUGCGGCAUCGCGUGGAUCAUGCCCUUCACCCUGAUGCUGGUGUUCAUCCCCAACGUGGCCGUGGCCUACGUGGUGGCCGUCUCCUCUGGACUCAGCGUGGCUGCCUCGCUCCUGUUGCCAUGGUCGAUGCUGCCGGAUGUGGUGGACGACUUCAGGCUGGCCAACCCCUACUCCAGAGGUCACGAAGCCAUCUUCUACUCCUUCUACGUCUUCUUCACCAAGUUCGCUUCAGGCAUCUCUGUGGGAGUGUCCACCCUCUGCCUGCAGUUCGCGGGCUACAACACCCGCGUCUGCAAGCAGCCCGCUCCGGUGGUCUACACGCUGAAGCUGCUGAUCGGCGCCGCCCCGGUGGCCUUCAUCGUCACGGGGCUGAUGAUCCUCGUGCUGUAUCCCAUCAGCGAGGACGUGCGACGCAGCAAUAAAGUCCGCCUGGAGGAGCUGCGGAAAAAAAGCAUUGGCUCCCGGACGAUGGAGGAUCUGAGUAACGUGUGACGUGGACGUCGACUGCAGUGAAGUUCUAAAAGCCACGUGUUCCAGUGAAGCUGGAAGUUUGAAGAUUAGUGUAUAUUACACUGAUAAAUAGCUCAAAUGUUUAAACAUGUUUUGUUUCAUGUUCACAUGUACUGUAUAGUCAUCUUGAAUAUACUGUAAAAAUAUAUAUAAGAUUAUCUAAUUUAUAUAAAUGAAUGUUUAUUAUUUGCUGUGUUUAACUCUUCAACACCGUUAUUUAUUUAUGAUAUGUGAUUAUAGAGGAGCUGGCGAAAUGAAAGGAAUAAAUGUGAAGCUUGACAAGAAA